AGGGAUCGUCAAUCCGUCGGUGGGGGCGAGAUGUAGUUUUUUCCAAGAGCCGCGGGGUUACGUCAACCUGGGUGACGUCAAUCCGAGAUGACGUCAUCGACGAAAGAACGCAACAGCCGAACCGAGCACCAAGAGGUGAAUCAGAUUCGGACGAAAGGGCGUCUUUUAUCCGCAAACGGCUUGACGAAGUCGAAAAAGUCCGAUUUCCUCCAUGCUUCACCGUCUUACCAUCGGGAAAUCGGCUUUACGGAGUCCAGACGGCGGCACCCUGUAAACUGUGAAGCUCUCCCCCCCUUUCCGAGUUUGCCUGAUCCCCGUCGAGCCUUGACGUGGCAGCUACGUAGUGUUUGGCCCCGUCCAGUCAGGUUGCAGGAAAACUCCGUGACGAACCAACAGACGUAACUUGGGGAUAGAGAGAGGUGUUAACGUGUUAUGGACGGUAUGGUUGAAGAAAACGGUACUGGUGGAGGUGGUGGAGUUCCUGUUGACCCCUUGGCCACAAGCCCAAUUGCAGUAACGUCUGUGCAAAGUGUAAUACAGGCAAAUCAGCAGAGUGUUAUACAGAGCGCCCAAGGUUCUCUCCAGCCUGUCCUCACAAAGGGAAACGUUAUACUUGUCUCAAAACCAAAUUCAGUCAUACAGACAACCCAAGGUCAACUCCAGGCUUUACAAGUGGUGGUCGAAGCUGGUACUGAUGACAGCCUUUCAAACGAAGAGGAAGGUGGAGGUGGGACCCGAAAGAAAAGGAGAGACAUACUCACAAGAAGGCCUUCAUACAGGAAAAUACUCAACGAUCUUGGCACAAAGGUUGAAUCUUCUGGUUCGGACUGUGAUUCAAAUUUAGACAGCGAACUGUCAUCUCAUUCUCUACCCACCCACUAUCAAACAGUAAUACCAACAGGUACUCUCCAGUUGACGAGCCAAGGUGAAGGCAUUCACACGCUGACGAUGACAAAUUCCACAACUGCUGGGGGCACCAUUGUACAGUACACACAGGGGCAAGAUGGAGAGUUUUAUGUACCAAGUGAGAUUGUUGUUACCCAGAAUGCAAGCCUAGGUGGGAGCACAAUAAUUGCCGAAGAUCAAGCAAGAAAAAGGGAAAUGAGGCUGCUAAAGAAUAGGGAAGCUGCAAGGGAAUGCAGAAGAAAGAAGAAGGAGUAUAUUAAAUGCCUUGAAAAUCGAGUAGCUGUAUUAGAAAACCAGAAUAAAGCCUUGAUAGAAGAAUUAAAGUCGUUAAAGGAGCUGUACUGUCAGCAAAAACAAGAGUAAAGGAUUUUAACCGUAAAGAGAAAAUCUUAAAAUAUGAGUCAUUGUAAAUAUUUUUAAACCAAGAUAUCCCUCUCUUUAUUAAUUUUUAUUUUUUAAUGUUUACGGUUGUACCUGUUUUUUAAUUAAAAUGAAAACUUUUUUUGUUAAAAAUCAAUAUAAUUUGUAAAUAUAUGUAGCUUUUAAUUUGACAAGUAUAUUUCUUUUCUCAUAGAUAUCCUUUACUUUUAUUUUAGCGGCCAAACUAAUGACAGUUACCUUUUUCCUUCUAAGAAAAAAAACUAUUUGCCAAUAAUGCCAAUCAGAUCUGAAUCAGAAUUUGCAUUAGUUACCAAGCUAAAAUAAGUGUUAUGGAAAUUAAGUAGACCACCUAAUUUGGCAGAUAGUAAUUAUGAAUAAAUUUAACUAUAAUAGCAAUUGUAUAAACAAGAGGGAGGUUUUUUAUAAUUUUUUUUAGGCUGAUAAUUUUGUUUUUCUUUAUUUUAAUUAUAUUAUUUGCACUCAAGUGCCUUAUCGCUUUGAAUGUUUUUUUGUUACAUCUGCUAUGGUUAUUAAGAAUAUUCCAGAAUGUAAUAUAUUUUAUAAUAUAUGUGAAUUAUCGAGAAAAGCGGACAGUACUUCAUUGCCACUUUUUCUCCAAGCUUGUUACCAAUUAACAUUUUUGUUAUAUUUUACAGUGGAAAAUCGAUUAUCAUGUCAAUACAAGUUUUAUUCUUGUAAUUCUCAAAUUUCUAUAUUUUAAGGAAUGAUUCAAAUCAAAAUGGGAUUGAUUAUUUAACUUUUUAAAAUAUCCAUGGUUUUUUGCUGUCAUGUCAAUCAACGAUGAAUAAUUUCCUACUUAAACAAUAAUUUGUUUAGAGAUAAUCGGUUCUCUACAGUAUUGUAUGAAAAUUGAACUUUGAAUUGUAUAUUUAAAAAAAUAAUUGUAAUAACACAACUAUUUUGUUUUAUUAGAGGAAACAUUUUUUGAAGAUCGUAAUUGUAAAGCUGUAAAUAGAUGAAUGAUGUAAUUUUGGUUUCCAAAGUAUUUUUUAGUCCAAGAGUUUGAAAAAUAAAACUGUACACAACUGUAUAGUGUAAUGAAGGAAUAACUUAAAAAUACAUUUUAAAUGUACUACAAAUGCAAAGUAAAUAUAUAUUUUAUAUAAUGAUA